AUGCCUGGCAAAACAUCCACCAGUCCUCCCCGCAUCACCAAAUUCACCAACUGUCGCAUCGUCAAGGGUCUUGAGCUUGUUGAGCAGGAUGUCUGGGUCGAUUCAGUCUCCGGCAAGAUCCUGAAGGACCAGGAAGCAUUCUAUGGAUUACAUCUCUCCCCCAAUGAGGUCAUCGACCUCGGCGGGCGCAUCCUUGCUCCCGGCCUCAUCGACGUUCAGCUCAACGGCGCCCAGGGUUUCGAUUUCUCUGUUCCCCAGUCCUCCAAGGAACUGUACGAUGAGGGCUUGCGGUCCGUCAACAAAGGCCUGGCCCGGACAGGGGUGACGUCGUAUCUUCCAACGGUGGUGAGCUCCACUCCAGAAGUCUACUGGAAGGUCCUUCCCUCUCUAGGUCCAUCCGGAGACAGUCGUCGCGCAGAAGAUGGUGCCGAGUCGUUAGGUGCUCAUGUCGAGGGACCGUUCAUCAGCACGGGCCGUAACGGAGUGCACAAGACGGAGGUUCUCCGCGCGGCUUCCACCUUCCAAGACAUUGUCGCGUGCUAUGGCAAGGGGAAUCUGACCGGCCCGUCCAAAUCGGUUCGAAUGAUCACUGCUGCCCCGGAAGUCGGGGACAUGCUCUCCAACAUCUCCUCCCUCACAUCGGAAGGUAUCAUCUACUCCAUCGGGCACUCGGACGCAACAUACGAGCAAGCCCUCGCAGCCACCCAACAAGGCGCCAGCAUGAUCACCCAUCUCUUCAACGCCAUGCGGCCCUUCUAUCACCGGAACCCGGGUAUCUUCGGCCUCCUAGGGCAGAAUGAGUACCCACGGCCGUUCUAUGGGGUCAUUGCGGACGGGAUUCAUUUGCAUCCCACCUCGAUCCGAAUCGCAUAUAACGCCCAUCCGGACGGGCUCAUCCUUGUCACGGAUGCGAUGAAGCUAUGCGGUCUUCCGGACGGCGUCUACGAAUGGACCAAUGGAGAGCGCAUCAUUAAGACUGGUGCCCGACUGACUCUCGAAGGGUCCGACAAGAUCGCCGGUAGCUCGGCCACGCUUAUCGAGUGCGUCAACAAUUUCCGUCGAUGGUCGGGUGCAUCAACGGCAGAGGCCCUCAAUGCUGCUUCGGCUACGCCCGCGCGCCUUCUGGGCUUGCAAGGCGUCAAAGGAUCCUUGGAGGGAGGCGCGGAUGCAGACUUGCUUGUGCUGGACGAUGAAGAGCAUCCAUUCUCGGGCCCCACCUUGACAGUAAGGCAAGUAUGGAAGCGCGGAGUCAAGAUCUAUGACGCCGACAAGGGAGCUGCAGCUGCCGCCUAA